AUGGCGCACUGGCAAACGGGGUGUAUUGUGCCUCAACACCAGUCAGCUCUUGAGAGCAUCGGUGCCCAUACGGACAGGGCCCUGCAGAACACCUCUGGGAACGUCCAGACAUACUCUGACAACCUAGCCGACAGCAGCACUGUUGGUCGUGACGACCAGCUGCAGCAACUUGCCUUCAAGUAUCCUCAACCCCCAGUUCCAACACAUCCAGUGCCCACUGUUCCCACCACCCUUCAGCCCCCUCAGAACCUCCGGCUCCAGAGCAAGAAGCUCCGGCGCCUGCAUUUAUCUGGGCCCAGCCUAAUCGGUCCUCGUAGCAGGCCCAGAAGCUAUCUCAGGUCCAGCAAGUAUCUGGAGUACAGGUCCCGUCCACGUCGAGACACUGGCAAAGAUGGGGAACCGGUAUGGUCGGACGAGCUUGAAGACGCGUUUCAACAAGCUCUCGAGGCGAAUCCGCCAAUGGGCAGACGGAAAUGGUCCGAGCGAGGAAAGUCAUAUGGUCGAAAUGAGCUCAUUGCUGAGUUCAUCUACAAGAAAACUGGUAAACGAAGAACUAGAAAGCAAGUCUCCAGCCACCUCCAAGUCCUCGACUCGUUCCUCAAAGGAGACCCCGAUUGGGAGCGACUCGUACGAGAAGAGGCGAACGUCCGCUCGAACAACCAACAUCCGCCCGCUGGUCCAAGAUGGGGGCCUGCCAUGGAUCCUCCCUUGUCAAGUCAUUAUGGCACUCACCUCCACCCCACCUAUCAUGACCCUAUGAGACAGGCCUAUGGAGGAGAUCUGCCGCCUACCCCAUUUUCCAUGAACGCCAGCUGGCCCGAGAGCAAUUUCAGUACUAUUCAAGGCCUCGGGUUCGGUAUGUGGGUAAACGAGCCAGACAAGAAUGAUCGUAUCGAGGACGCGAGCCAUAUCUACAGUCGCCUUCAAGACGACCAGCGCCAUCCGGUCGCACCAAUCUCCUUGAAUGAAAUCAGGAACUGGCAAACAUCUUUUCCUUACCUCAAUUCGCUGAUGGCGAAUUCUAAUGGGUCGUUGGACUGCGACAUUAUCUUAAUCGAAGCCAACCUGAAGUUGAUGGACGACUUCCCGGCUGCUCGCUCUAAACUCGGCAUUCACUUGGAAUUAGAUUUUGCCCAGGCCAGUGCGGCUGGCGUUCCGAUCCUCAGUGAGAUGGAGAAUUGGUCCUCCAAGAUCUACAUGUAUGAAAAUGGCCAAGAGAUCUAUCAAGGGCGCCAGGAAGUCGCGAGGCCUGUGCACACCGCGACGCACACCAAGGUCAAGCCCCACUUUGAAUCCAAAUGGUGGGCGAAUCGCUUCACCAAGCUCACGCAAGAUCAAAAGAUGGCCGAGGAUGCUGGACACCAUGGCCACGAGCAAGCUAGGGAGUUCCUCCGCCACCUGACUGUAGUCCAGGAGAUCCGGGCUAUGGCACCCUACAGCUCGCGGAGAAUGUCCAACCCUUACUCUGGACAUGCCGUGAGUGAGAAAAAGAGGGUGGCAAUUAUCCUCUGGAAGUUCCGACAGACGCUGCCUCGCGACGUAGUCGGCACCACGACAUGGCGUAGAGUGGUUUCGUCGGAUCGAAUCCCUCACGCGAGCCCCAAGGCAGCGACGGGCAUCGAUCUCCCUCCUCCCAUGUCGCUGGCUGACUCGAUACUCUUGAACCGGCCGGGCCCUAGUGUCUACCACCAACCCCAAUCCCACGAGCUGCUUCAUAACCACGGAGUUUCUCAAAACCCUUGGCCUCUGUAUUCGACAGGCCAGGAGAGCGUUGCUCAAAUGUUCAACGCGCCUUUUGAUUUCAUGAGUCCCCUUAAGCAAGAGGACCGCCUCAACGAUAAGAUCGCCGUGACCUUGGGUCUGGAUGCCUUCCCAAGCCUACAAUCACAUGAUAUCAACCAGCAGACUAGUCUCAAUGGCCCCAACAGUGGCACAAGCAUCCUUAGCAUGUCUGAAGUUCCUUUGUCGCAUUCCACGCAUGGUCCUUACAGCCUUGAGCAUGAUAGCCACUAUGUCCACAGCCAGCCACUUGGGGUCAAUGUGCACGAUAACAAUGCCUUGCUGAAUGGCAUGCUGGUGACGAGCGCACAGUCUAUCGAUGAUAUCAACAACAGCCAGGCAUCUUGGAUGCCACCAACCACUGCAAUGUCUGGGGACAUCCCCGGCAGCCACUACCCGCACAUGGGCUACCCGUCAUCCGAACACCAUGUUGCGGUGCCCCGUGAGCCAAAUCCCAGCCACAGCUAUGACUUUAUGCCUGAGGAGCUUGAUAAGUGGCCGGGCAGCCUGCCGACCGAUAUGAACGGAGGAGCGCAUGAGCACGCGCACUCUUACACCGCGAGUAAUACAGUACAGGCCGUUUAA